AUGAAAGAUUUGGGUGAUAGUGAAGCAAUGGAGACAAUAGGCUCAAAAGGUCUCGUCAAAAAGUCUGAGUUCAUUAGGAUACUCAUCGAUGCACUUUCCUCACUUGGAUUUGCGGACAUUGCGGCUCGUCUAGAGAACGAGUCCAAGACUCCUCUUCAUAGCUCCAUCGCUAAGCAGUUUCUGGAGCUAGUCAAGCAUGGAAAAUGGGACAAGAGCAUUGAUGCAUUGCAGGGAUUUGAGCUGCGUGAUGAAAAGGCUGUGAGAUUCUUGCUACUAGAGCAAAAGUUCUUUGAGUUUCUCAAGACAGAUAACGUUGCUGGUGCUCUGAGAACCUUAAGGGACGAGAUGGAGCCUCUUGCUGUUAACAAGAAGCGAAUCCACGAGCUCGCAUCCGAAGUUAUAUCAGCUUCUGUUGAAGAUGCAGAAAGUGUGAGGCUUGUGGAGAGACUGCAAAGCUUGUUUCCUCCUGCAGUCAUAGUCCCAGAGAGGAUGUUGGAGUAUUUCUUGGAGAAUCACAUUGAUCUUGAGCGGAAGUACUGUUUUCACCAUAAUGUUGUGGAUAGUGAUCUGUCUCUCUUCUCCAAACAUCAAUGUGGGAAACGUAAAAUACCUUCCGAGACUGUACAGAUAUUGGAGGGGCAUAGCGAUGAAGUCUGGUUCUUGAAGUUCUCACAUGAUGGCAAGUACUUGGCUUCUUCUUCCAAGGAUCACUCAGCAAUCAUAUGGGAGAUGAAUGCAGAGGGGAAGUUUUUGAUGAAGCAUAAACUUGAAGGGCAUGAGAGUCCUGUGGUAGCAGUAUUGUGGAGUCCUGAUGAUGGACAAGUGAUUACAUGCGGAGAGAAUGAGGUUAUCAAGCGGUGGGAUGUUGGUUCAGGGGACUUUGUUCAGUCGUAUGAGAAAGAUGGUGUUGGUUCUGUUUCUUGUGGAUGGUUUUAUGAUGGCUCAGGUAUAGUUGGUGCAAUGGACGACAGACGCAUCUAUCUGUGGAAUUUAGAUGGGACUGAGAUACAGCAAGAGCAAGAGCAAGAGAAACGGGCACAGAUGGUGUCUGAUGUAGCCAUGACUAGUGAUGGGAAGUGGGUAAUAAGCGUGGGCAGAGAGCAGCGUGAGAUCUCAUUUUUUAACAGAGAAACCGGCAGAGUUGAGAAAGUGAUUCAAGAGAAGGACAUGAUUACCUCCUUCUCGCUUUCGAGAGACAACAAGCAUCUUCUUAUCGAUCUCAUCACGCAGAAGAUCCAUGCCUGGAGCAUUGAAGGCGAACCAUUCAGGUAUCUGAAACUAGAAGGCCACAAGCGCAGUCGUUUUAUCAUCAGGUCUUGCUUUGGUGGCUAUGGAGAAACUUUCGUCGCCAGUGGGAGUGAGGAUUCUCAGGUGUACAUAUGGAGAUCAGGAGGGGAACCUUGUCGUGUGCUGUCAGGACACUCGGGAGCUGUGAACUGUGUGAGUUGGAACCCGACUGAUAUUCAUAUGUUGGCCUCAGCGAGCGACGAUCGAACCAUUCGGAUUUGGGGACUUGAUGACAAAGAAGCUGCAUGUGAUGACUGA